AUGGGAGCACCAGUGCUCCUCCUAGCACUGACCCUAUUCCUAGUCACAGCUGCAGCAAGCCUGGAACCUCACUACAUGGUGGUGUUCCCUGCUGUCAUUCACCAUUCCCAAGAGGAGAAGCUCUGCAUUCACUUCAGCUCCCUGACUGAGGACGUCCACCUGGCUGCCACCUUGCAGGUGUCAUCCCAGAAUCACACACUGGUGACACAAGAUGUGGAGAAGCCAGGCACUUUUCAGUGCAUCACCUUCCAGGUGCCAGAGUUCGUUCCCAGCAAAAGAGAGGAUUCCAUGUCACACCCAGACACGGUGGCUUUUCUGCAUGUCCUGAUCCACGGUGGGGACAAUGUGCUCUUUGAGGGUCACAAGAAGGUUCUCAUCAAACCCCAGAAGAAUGUAAUUCUGGUGGAGACAGAUAAGGUCUUAUACAAACCUGGAGAAACAGUGAAAUUUCGAAUUGUGAACCUUGAUGAGGACCUUAAAGUCAUUAAAAAUGAGUAUUCCCAGAUAUGGCUGCAGGAUCCCGAAUAUAACCGUAUUGCUGAGUGGCUGAAUGUAAAGUCAAGACAUGGCAUUGUGGAUCUGUCCUUCCCCCUGGCCUCUGAAGCACCACUUGGGAGAUAUACCAUAUCAGUCCAACAAUACAUGGCUGGAAAAUCCUUCAGGGUUGGCAAAUAUGUGCUGGAAAAAUUUGAAAUGAAGAUUGAGCACCCUCCAUUUAUCACUACAGCAGAUGAGGAAUUUCAGCUGAAGGUCUGUGGCAAGUAUACCUAUGGGAAGCCCGUUCAAGGCGAAAUAGUUAUUAAUUUUAUCAUAUUAUCCCAGUUAUUCGAAGACCCUUCAUCAAAUUCUUCUAUGAUGAGGAAGCAGAACAGCUGGACAGACAAGAAUGGUUGUGCUACUUUUACAGUGAAGAAAGAGAGUCUGAGGUUAAAUGAAACUGAUAGCUACAUAUUUGUGACAGGGGAAAUGGUGGAAAAUGGAACAGGAGCAAGUGCUACGGAAAUGGCUAGAAUUGCUGUUUUGAUGAGAAUGAAGUCUAUAGAUUUUAUCAACUUCCAUUCAUUCUACAAACGUGGACUACCAUACACAGGGAAGAUAUUCUGCCACAGUAACGAAUCUCCCCUCAGAAAUGAAACAGUCUACCUAAUAGUUGAUGUCAAUGAGGAGGAGACACACUUGUCAUUCCUCACGGAUGAGAAUGGAGAAGUCCACUUCUCACUGGAUACCACCAGCUGGAACAGCACAUUUGUUUCUCUGAAGGGUACCUACAACCUUAAAAAUGAUGAUGAGCAAGAUUCUUCUCAAAGCAACAGAUUAGUCCAGGAUAACUUUCACUGGCUGAAACCUUUCUACUCUGAGAGCAACAGUUUCCUUGAGAUCAAGGCCUGGAAUGAUGUGAUGCCCUGUGAUCAAGAACAAGAAGUGCAAGUGGAUUAUAUCCUUGACCGGAAUAAACUCAGCUCUGAAGCAGAUCACAUUGAUUUCUACUACUUGGUGAUAUCAAAAGGCAAGAUCCUUUCCAGUGGAGAGAAGCAGGUGCCAAUUAUCCAGCAUGAGAAGCUGCAGGGCUCCUUCUCCUUGACUUUGACUACUAGCAAUGACUUCUUGCCUGACAUUCAGCUCCUACUGUACUCAGUCUUCUUGGAUGGAGAGGUGGUGGCUGAUGUGGAAGAGUUUCAAGUAGAAAAGUGCUUUAAACACAAGGUGUCACUGGACUUCUCACGCAAGGAGGAAGUCCCCGGAUCGACAGUCAGCCUGGACCUCAAGGCUGCUCCAGGGUCCCUGUGCUCUGUCCAAGCUGUUGACAAGAGCGUCCUCCUGAAGUACAACAAUACCCUAACAGCAGACACACUGUAUAAUAAGGUCUUUGAUGACAUCUUUACAAUCGGAGGCCGAGGGUUCCCUUAUCGCUUGGAAGACUUUGAGCCAUACCCUUGUCUGCCUCAGGAGCCCAGUCUCCACAAAAAGACUCAGAUGGGAGCACCAUGGUACCAAAGUGAUGCUGAUGUCUUUAAUCUGUUUAAGAAAUUGCGCAUGAAAAUAUUAACCAAUACUAGAAUCAAGAAACCCGUUUCCUGUAUGCUACCGGGCUUUGAGAAAAAGAUGUAUUCUAGAAAAGACAAUGUUGUUGGUAAGGAACGAACACACCCAUCUCCUUCAUAUGAUCAUGUUGUCCAUGGUGAUGCUGCACCGCUCCCUGAUGACAAGGAGAAGCCAAAACCACGGACACUUUUCCCAGAGACCUGGAUUUGGGAUUUGGUCUCUGUCGGGGACGAUGGGCAAGUGUCUCUCCAAGUUGCUGUACCUGACACUAUCACAGAAUGGAACGCCAACACCUUCUGUGUUUCUGAUACUGGCUUUGGGCUGUCACCUCUGACCAGUAUUAGGGUCUUCCAGCCUUUCUUUGUGGAUCUGUCACUGCCGUACUCUGUGAUCCAAGGAGAGACUUUCAGUCUAAAAGCCACUGUCUUCAACUACCUCAAGGACUGUAUCCAGGUACGUGCCACCCUCACAGAGACCCCAGAACUAAAGGUGGAUGCCUGCCCAGGCUGCCAGUUCACCAGCUGCCUCUGUGCUAAUGAAGCGAAAACCUUCGUGUGGAACGUGACAGCCACCAGGCUGGGUAAAGUGAACAUCACUGUGAGCGGCGAGGCAGAAGAUUCACACGACCUGUGCGAUAACAGGAUUGCUGUGACACCUUUGCAAGGAGGGAGAGACACGGUGAUAAAACCUCUGCUUGUGAAGCCAGGAGGUGUCCUACAAGAGAAGACACAAAACGCCUUUCUCUGUGCUGCAGAUAGCACUGUCUCUGAAGAGUUCUCCCUGACUCUGCCUGCAGAAGUGCUGGAGGGAUCUGGCCGAGCCACUUUCGCUGUGAUUGGGGACAUCAUGGGCCCAGCACUUCAAAAUUUAGACAGUCUGCUAGCGAUGCCCUUUGGCUGUGGUGAACAGAACAUGGUUCAGUUUGCACCAAACAUCUUCAUACUUCAGUACUUGAAUAAGACUAAACAACUGGACCCAGAAAUUGAAGAUAAAGCACUGAAUUUCCUGAGAACAGGUUACCAGCGUCAGCUGUUCUUCAAACACGAUGAUGGUUCCUACAGCACCUUUGGGAAAGCUGACAACGAGAGCAACACCUGGCUGACAGCUUUUGUAGCCAGGUCCUUUGGACAAGCCAGCUCUCACAUUUACAUCGACAAAAAUCAUGUGCACAGCGCUCUGCUCUGGCUGCAGAAGCACCAGCUGCCCAGUGGCUGCUUCCAGAGCGUGGGGAAACUCUUCAACAAUGACUUAAAGGGUGGUGUGGAUGAUACAAUCUCACUAACAGCCUAUAUCACUGCUGCACUGGUAGAGCUCCAUCUGGAGAAGAAUGACACCAUGCUGGAUAAUGCCUUACAUUGCCUCAAGAAUGUAUCACUUGAUAAGACAAACCUUUAUGUCAAGGCCUUGAUGGCUUACGUCUUCACACUGACCAAGGACAUGGAGAUGAGAGAGCAGCUCCUGGAUAUGCUAGAGAAGGAAACCGCAGAGCUCCUGACACCCCAUUCCAGUAGGGGAGAAUCUUCUUUGAUUGAGACAGUAGCCUACAUCCUCCUGGCUCACGUCUCCAAACCAGACUUGGCACCCAAUGAAGCCUCAGUGAGCAAGCUCGUGCGCUGGCUCAGUAGCCAAAGAAAUGCCUUUGGCGGAUUUGCUUCCACACAGGACACAGUUGUUAGCCUGCAGGCCCUCGCUCAGUAUGCAGCCCUGAUUCCUCAGGAGAUUGGAGAUGUAAAGGUGACCGUGAAAAGCAAGGAGGCUUCUCCACUGGAGUUCCACGUGCACACAAAGAACAAGUUGGUCCUGCAUCAGGCAUCUCUCCUUGCAGUCCCAGGGAUAUACACAGUGCAGGCGACUGGCAGUGGCUGUGUUUAUGUACAGGCCACUUUGUACUAUAACACACCACCACCAAAAGCAGAAGAUGUUUUUGUCCUGGAUGUGGAAGCAGUACCAAGAGAAUGUGACGGUGUCAGGAAAGAGCUUGACAUCCAUGUGUCUGUCAGUUACACAGGGGCCCGUGGGACCAGUAACAUGGCUCUGAUGGAGGUGGAGAUGCUGUCAGGGUUCAUUCCUGUGAGGAGUUCUUUGGAAGAGCUGGAGAAGAUACCCCUGGUGAAAAAGACAGAGAUAAAACCAGACAAAGUCACAGUCUACUUGGAAGAGCUGGGUGAGACUUCUCUGAAGCUUAACAUCUCAGUGGAACAAGAUGUUGAAGUACAGAACCUGAAAGCAGCAACAGUGCUUGUCUACGACUACUAUAAGCCGGAUGAUCGUGCAGCAAGAGAUUAUGUUUUCCCUUGCAGUUCAGGUUAG